CAAGGUUUGUUAUUGUCCGUCUAGGCGAUUGCAACGCAAUUUAGUGUUUAAAUUUUUUAACAAAGACUUUCAGUGCCUAAGCAAAGCGAUAGAUUUAGUGUUUUAUAUAUUGAAUAGUUGAACAUGUUCUCACGCAAAAAGCCAGAGCCUGCGAAGCGCCGACAGCAUGAUUUGUCGCAGUUCGGUCUGACGGAAAUACCAGAUGACUUUGAUCCCAGCGCUGGCUAUGGUGAUGAAAGUGGCGAUAGCGAUUUGGAGGCUGAACUUGCGGCUAUUGCCGGUGGCGGUGGUCCAAAACCCAAAGAAAAGGCAAAGCCAAAAUUGUUGCCCAGCAGCGAAUUAGAUAAAAUGAUUGCAGACAGCCUGCGUGAUGUCAGCGAUGAUGAUGAUGAUGAGGCACUGGAGAACGACAGCGAUUUACUUGGCGAACUGCAUGGCAUAACAGGCGUAGAGGAGGAGGAGGAGGAAGAGGAGAAAACACAGCCAGCUCCCGCUGCUGCGCCCAUUGAGGAAGCAGAGCCCGUGCAAACCUUUCUGCCCACCACAACAGUUGAUACAUUGUCUAUAAUCAAACAGCGCAUAGAGAUGUAUAAACAAGCAGAGGCGAAUGCGAAAGCUGCCGGUGAAUCUGGCAAGGCUCGACGCUUUGCUAGGGGCUUGAAAACACUGCAGGAUUUGCUGAAGCAGUCGUCGGCAGGCAAAAACAUUAAUGUCGAUGACAUUCCGCCAGAGGUGAGCGUCAAGGCGGCCGGAGGGGGAGGAGGAGUGUCUGUAGCAUCUGAAGCCCAGCUAGAAGAGCCAGAGCAACCAAAGCUGCCCACACGUACCGCUCCAGCGCCACCCACUCCAAGCACACCGCCCGUACCGCCCACGCCCAGGUCACCUCCAGCACCGCUCACGCCAAGCACACCUCCAGCUACAACAGCAGCUGCAUCUGAGACGCCCGUCAACCCUCUGAUAUCUCAAAUGCGCAGUCGUCAAAGCGAGUACAAAGCAGCCGCAGUGCAGGCCAAACGCAAUGGUGACACAGCUUCGGCUCUGCAAUUUUUACGAGUGGUCAAGCAAUUCGAUGUGGUAGUGAAGAUGUGCGAGGAUGGCCAGGAGGUAGAUCUAAGCGAUAUGCCGCCACCUCCGGCUGAGUUUCUAGCAUUCAUGGCCAAGAUGCAGGAGGGAACAGCAGCAGCAACAGAGUCCGAGCCAGCGCCUACACCACCUCCAGCAUCAGCUCCUGCUGCUCCGCCAGCACCUGCAGCUGCAACAGAAGCCACAACCAUGUUGGAAGCACUGCAGCAGCGUUUGGCCAAAUACAAGUCUGUGGAGGAGUCAGCCAAGGCGGAGAACAAUACAAGCAAAGUACGUCGCUUUGGACGCAUUGUCAAACAAUACGAGGAUGCAAUAAAGCAAUACAAGGCUGGCAGACCUGUGGCCUACGACGAAUUGCCAGUGCCACCAGGCUUUGGUCCGUUGCCCAUAAGUGAGUCAGCUCCAGCAGCAGCUGCAGCUGCGCCGGAUCCAACACCUCCCACAUCGCCCACCACAGCGAGUACUACGCCCGGCAGCUCAGCUUCAGCUACGCCCACGACGGCAAGAAAAGCGCCAACGCCACCUCAACCUAAGGAGCUAACGACACGCACCUCCGGAAAUCAUCAGAAGAGCAAUCUGGCUGAGCAACAAAUGAAAUUAUUGCUCGAGCGCCAAAGGGAGUUUAAACUGGCGGCCCUAGCCGCAAAGAAAGCGGGCGAAAUCGAUCAAGCCAAGGAAUAUCUGAAGAUCUUCAAAGGCUUCGAUUCGUUGCUGAAUGCGGCAAGCAGCGGUCUGCCCGUGGAUCUCAGCACGCUACCUGUUCCACCCUCUCAGCGCGACAAUUUGGAGGCAUCCUUCGCCAUUGUUUCAACUGAGGAAUGUGAUCCAAACGAUGACAUUUGCGAGAUUGGUGUGCGCAUCGAGGAGCAGCUGGCCAAGCAGUUGAUGAUGUGCAAGAAUACGCGGGAUCAUCACAAAGCCAUGGGCGACAUAGCUGGCAUGAAUCGCUUUGAAAAUCUCGCAUUGACUGUUCAGAAAGAUUUGGAUCUGGUGCGCUAUUCGAAGCGCAAGAAUUUAUCACUGCCGAAAUUCCAUUAUGAGAAGCGUUCCUUUAACAUUGUCCAUUGCAACACGGAUCUGACAGAUAACGAACUCGAAAUUGUUGUUGUAAGAGGCAUCAAUUACAAUGUGGCCAAUCCCAAGGAUGUGGACACCUAUGUUCGCAUAGAAUUUCCACUAUUGAAUGAUGAAGCCUUCAGAGCGAAAACAAAUGUGAUCAAGGACACAGACAGUCCGGACUACGAUGAACGCUUUAAGGUGGAAAUUCAGCGCGGAAAUCGUCAAUUUCAACGUAUCUUCAGAAGACAUGGCGUUAAGUUCGAGAUCUAUUCAAGGGGCUGCAGUAUUGAUUGUUGUGGACUAAGUCGUAAACUGCCCAUAUGUUGUUUCAGAGGAUUUCUACGAUCCGAUGUAUUGAUUGGCACAGUAAAUGUGAAAUUGCAGCAGCUGGAAACCAAGUGUGAUAUACACGAUACCUUCGAUCUAAUGGAUGGGCGCAAACAUGUGGGCGGCAAGCUGGAGAUCAAGGUUCGUGUACGAAAUCCCAUAUUGACUAAACAAAUGGAGCACAUCGACGAGAAAUGGCUAGUCCUAGAUGCCGAAGCCUGAAA